AUGUUAUCAUUUGAGAAGGUGUAUAAAAACCUCAGGCACCAGAGGAGAGAUUCAGAGUCCUCCAGCUCUGCAAUGAGCAUCCGGACCCCACUCACACUCCUGCGGCUGGCAGGAAGGAGCUUGCUGAGGGACCAGGCCUCAGCCAUCGCAGCUCUGGAGUACCUUCCCGCAGAGCUCUUCCCGCAGUUCUUCAUUCAGGCCUACUGUAGGAGAAUCCCGGAGCCCCUGAAGGCGGUGGUGCACGCCUGGCCCUUCACUGUCCUCCCUCUGGGCUGCCUGUCACAUCUGUCCCUGGAUGAGGUCUUCAAAGCCGUGUUGGAUGGGCUGGACGUUCUGCUUGCCCAGGAGGUUCGGCCCAGGAGGUGGAAACUGCAGGUGCUGGAUUUAAGGAACACGGGAGCCAACUUCUGGAGAAUGUGGUGUGAAGACAGCACCCAGAAGUGCUCACGGACAGGGCCAGUGGCUGUGCACAGCUCCAGUCCCGACAUGCAGCACCCCUUGGCUCCCUUGGAGGUAUUCCUAGACCUUAAAUUCAAUGAAAGGGACGGGGAUGAGUUUCUCAAGUACAUCAUCCAAUGGGCCAAGGAGAGGGAAGGGUUACUACACCUGUGCUGCAAGACGCUGAGGAUUUCUGAGGUGCCCUUCCAGAGGGUCAGGAGGGUCCUGGAUGGGGUGCAGCUGGACUGCAUCCAGGAGGUGGAAGUGAACUGCACCUGGGACCUGCCCACCCUGGGGACGUUUGCUCUUUACCUGGGAGAGAUGAGUAACCUGCAGAGACUCUCUUUCUCCCACAUUCACGUGUUGACAGAGGAGGAGAAUGGGGAGGAGGAGGAAGAGGAAGAAGAACAGGAGGAAGAGGAAGAGGAGGAAGAACAGGAGGAAGAGGAGCAGGAGUGGGAGGAGGAAGAAGAUUGGGAUAGGAAACAGCAGGAGGAGCAGCGAUCCUUUUCCCAGUUCCUCUCUCAGAUGCUCAGGCUGCGGCACCUUCGGGACCUCAACAUGGCUUCUCCCUCCUUCCUCAGAGGCCGUCUGGACCAGAUGCUCAGGUGCCUGCAGACCCCCUUGGACAAACUCUCCAUAAUAAAUUGCCAGCGGCUGACGCAUUCAGACCUGACACACCUGUUCCAGUGCCCGAACCUCAGGCAGCUGAAGUCCCUGCAUCUGUUUGGCCUCAGGCUUGCGGAUUUCAGUCUUGAGCCCCUCCUAGUUCUGCUGGAGGCAGUGGCACCCACCCUCGAGGACUUGGGCCUGGAUCAUUGUGGGAUGGUGGACUCCCAGGUCGAGGCCGUCCUGCCUGUCCUGAGCCGCUGUCGCCAGCUCAGGGAAUUCACCAUGUCUGAGAACAACUUUUCCGUGGCCUCCGUGGAGAAGCUGCUGCGCCACACAGCCGGGCUGCGCAGUUUAGAGAUCGAGCUGUACCCCGUCCCCCUGGAGUGUUACAGGAUCCAAGGGACUGUCAACCAGGAGAGACUUGCCCUGAUCCAGGCUGAGCUGACAAGGACCCUGAGGGAGUUAGGACAGCCCAGGAGCAUCCUGCUUGCCACCAAGCACUGCAGUGAGUUUUAUGACGUGGCAUUUUCAUGACAUGGAGCCCGUGAUGUGACCCUGCUCAGUGGGUGCACCCAGCAAAGGCUUCUUUCUGGGCCUUUGGAAGCUGAAACCUCGGACCAGGGUGCGUUAAGCAGGGGGCACCCGCGUUUCAGGUUCAUGCUCAGCUUGAAUGGGGAAAGGGAGGGACCAAGCCCGGGAACAGGAUUGCAGGGGCCAAGGUUGGGGCGUUCCUGGGACCUCAGGGGGCAAGUGUCCUAGAAUCAGAAAUAUGAAUCUGAUUUGCAUGGGGAGCGGUGAGGGGUAUUUGGGCUCCAGCUGCAUGUGUGGGAGUUAAUCCUGAGGCAGAUGAUUGUAAAGGAAUGAUCAGAAAUAAAGACAAUUUCAA